GAAAAGAAGAAGAAGAAGAAGAAGAAGAAGAAGAAGAAGAAGAAGAAGAGACCAGGAAGUUUCCCGUCAAACAAAAGGCGGCAAAAUGGAACCAGUGGAUAGAACAGACUUACUCGUCGAUGAAACAAAUCAAGAAUGCGGAGUACAACUUACGUCUAAAAAACAGGCUAUAGCGCAGAUGAAUUUGUACAAAGGCAUUUUAAAAAAAGCUCUCGAUGGACAAGCGGGAAUUGCUGAGGAAACAAAGCAAGUUUUACUUCAGGAGCUGCUGGCGAACUUUGAGUCUGCAGUCCAUCAAAACGUGUUAGUGAAUGGACAAACGUGGGAGGAUGCCCCGGAUGUAGAUGCUGAGGACGACGGUGAUGACUUGAAGGGACAGCUGGACGACGCCAUCGUUGAGACGACGAGCAGAAGAGGCUCAUACCCCCGACGCAUCCUGCCUUAUGUGGUCCAGGCUCUUAAAGCUGAGCGCAAACUCCUGUGCCAUUAUGAAGAACCAGUCAGACCUCAGCAGGUGGUCACAGACCCUCCAGCGGUAAACUUCAUGAAAGAUGUGGCCGCUGCAGCGCCUGCAUUGGUGAAACAGGCCAGGCAGGUCAUCAAGUCCAUCUGCACUUUGCAGCAGCAGACGGAAGGUCUGUGUCAGGUUGUCAAAGGUUGUCAAACACGUUUCCAAGUGGACAAAGACGUGUUCGGCGGCAGCGGCCUAUCAGCAGAAGCCCCGCCACCAACAGAAAACUGCACAUCGUCGACCAAGCAACCAAUCAGAAGAGUUGUGAUGGACACGGAAGCCGCAGGCGCCUACAUGGCCGUCAAACAUGAAUAUGAUGGAGACGCAAAGUGAAGACAAUUCAUUAGGAUUGCUUGGAAUGAGGUUGGGAGAAGUCUGCAUUUUCUUUUGGACAUGAUCAUUUUUCACACUUUAAAGAUUCUUGAUUGUUAACAUUUACAGUCAAUAAGGAAACUAGAUAAAGCAAUUUCUGUAGAAAUUGUGUGUGAAGGCUCCAAUGUUGAAGCUGAAAUGAAACGCUGAUGGAAUGUAGGGUGAAUGUAGAACUGGUGUAAUGGUUUAAUUGUUGAAAAGGUUUCAAUUUGGAAGAGCUGAAGCUAAACUGACAUUCUGGUAAAAUGUAGAAGGGGUUUGAAAGUUGAAAUAGUUUAAAGGUUAAACAUGGUUUGAGAAGUGAAGAGCGGAAGCUGAACUGAAUUGUAGUAUGAAUCUUGAAAUGCUAAAUGUUUGUAUAGUUAGAAGAGUUAGCAUACUUCAAGGGAUUACAAAGUAACAAUCUAUGAACUUUAGCUCUAAGUGUAUCCCAUUAGCUAAAAUGCUAGCAUGUUAACAGGGGAACAGUAAGCAUACUUCUAACAUAGUGCCAGGUAAAAAAAAAAAAAUCUGAUUUGUACGGUAGGUUAAAAAGCACAAGAUUAGUUAAAAUGCUAGUAUUAAACGUUAGCAUGGUAUCGGGAACAGCUAGCAUACUUCCAAGAUGGCGCCAGGUACCUAGCUACAUGCUAGUAUAAACCUUAUACAAUCUUAUUAAUGUUGGCAUGCUGAGAGGGAAACCGUUAUCAUACUUCUAAAAUGGUGUCAAGUAGCGAAAUCCAUUUAUUAGGGGGAAAAAUAGCUUAAAUGUCAGUAUAAAAUUGGAACAGUUAGCAUACUUCCAAGACGCCACCAUGUAACACAAUUCAUGAGCGUAACAGGUCGGUGUUGCAAUCUUUUCAAUCGUUUGAGAAAUGUAGAAAUUGUGGAACUCAGAAAAAAAAUAUUCCCUUCACUUGAAUAGGUAAUUCGAGAAAACUGGGAACUUUUGGUAGAUGGAAAAGAGCACUAAUGUCCUGAAUCAGCUGAGUGUGUUGUUAAAAUGUUUGAAUCGGUCGAGAAAAGUUGAAAUAGUAACACUUUUUAAAUAAGGAUCCGGGGGAAAACGGAAUGUUUUAAGGAACUCGGGAAAGUGUUAGCUUUGAUUGUCCCGUACUAGCGGAAUGUCUCGAUGGUAAAAUGGUUUGAAUCAGUUGAGAAAUACUCCAUUCAUUUGAAUGGGAAUUUCCAGGUAUUUUGGCAAUUCUUCUAAAACUGGGGAUUUUGGAAUAUAUCACAAUUGCCCAGGUUGAGAUUAAUGGGUUGGUAUGAAAAAUUUUGAGUCGGUCGAGAAAUGUUGAAGCAACACUUUGCAAUUGAAAAAUGACCAUAGGUAGGGGGACUAGGCAACUUUGUUGUCCUGAUUAUGUAGAAUAUGUUGAUGGUGGAAUAGGUUGAACAAUGUGGAAAGAGAAGCAGAAAGGACAAAUAGAGGAAAUAGGGAUUUGGAAUUCUGGGAAAUCCUAGAAUGUGUUGAUGGUUCAGUUGUUUGAAUCGGUUUAGAAAUGUGGGAAUUGUGGAAUUAAAAAAAUAGUGUCCAUUUAUUUUAAUGGGAAUUUCCUGGAAAGUUGGGGAUUUUGAGAAAACCGAAACAUUUAAAAUUAUAGAUAAUAUCAAGAUUACUAAUAAAUGGGUUGGUGUUGGUGCCACCAUCACUACCAUAAGUAUCAAACAUAACUUUCUUUGGCUGAUGGUGAUGCGUCUUCGUGGAUACGACGGACGUCCAAAAGAAGAAGAAGAAUGGUCACAUUUUGACACUUUUAAAAUGUCUGUAUAAAAUGUAUAACAUAUUCCUUUUAUUCUGACUGAGGUCAU